CGAAACCAAGUAAACCAAUUCCGUUCCUUCACUUUUACAACCACAAAGAUGAGGUGGUUAUUCUCUUCGGCGGCUGUGUUGGCGUGGACUGCGGUUGUGGCGGCGAAAAGCUUCACGGGCGACCGGUUGCUGGUUGUCCUGGAGGAGCAAAGUGAGAGGGAGAAGUACAGUGUGUUUUUGGAGGACUUGAGCUCUCGAGGAUUCUCCGCGACAGUCGAAUCACCAAAAGCCGACAAGCUCUCGCUCUUCCGCCACGGCGAGCGCGCAUACGACCACGUCCUCGUCCUCCCCGGCAAGUCGAAAGGUCUCGGCCCUGCUUUGACCGCGAACAACUUCCUCGAGUUCUUGAAGAAGGAGGGAAACAUUCUCGUCGCGCUUUCUAGCGAAGCUGUGACACCUACUGCGAUUCAGUCGGCGCUACUUGAGCUGGACAUUAGCAUUCCGGCAGACAAGGGCGCGGUUGUGGUCGACCAUUUCAACUACGACACAUCGUCUGCAGCGGAAAAGCAUGACGUUCUGCUCCUUCAGACACCCGGUGCGCUGAGACCAGAUGUUAAGAACUACUUUGGAGGCGAUGGUUAUGUUGCGGUGCCACGCGCCGUCGCUCAGGUCCUCGGAAACGACUCGCCGCUUCUUUCGCCCAUCCUACGCGCCCCGAGCACCGCCUACAGCUACAGCCCCAAGGACGAGGCUGAGGCUGUCGAGGAUCCCUUCGCGGUCGGUCAGCAGUUGAACCUCAUUUCAGCGAUGCAGGCCAACAACGCCGCGCGUCUCACUGUUCUGGGUUCUGCCGAGCUUCUGCAGAAUCAGUGGUUCGCCGAGAGCGCGAAACUCGCUGGCAAGUCGAUUAAGACCGCCAACCGCGAAUUCGCCAGCAAACUGUCCGCAUGGGCUUUCAAGGAGACUGGUGUUUUGAAGGUUGGCAAGAUCGUCCACUACCAAGACGAGGGCAAGAGCAAGAAGAUGAACACCAGCCUCGCGAUCCCCGAGAACAACCCGGGCAUCUACCGCGUCAAGAGCGACGUUCACUUCCAAGUCGAAAUCUCCGAAUACACCAACGACCACCUCUCGCCCUUCACCCCAGCCCCCACGGACAACAUCCAGCUCGAAUUCAGCAUGCUCUCGCCCUUCCAGCGCCUGAACCUUUCACCCAUCGCCCAAACCGCAAAUUCCACUGUCUUCGGCGUCUCUUUCCGCACGCCCGACCAGCACGGCAUCUUCAACUUCCGCAUCAACUACCGCCGCCCGUUCCUCACCAACAUCGACGAGAAGCGCCAGGUCACCGUGCGCCACUUUGCGCACGACGAGUGGCCGCGCAGCUGGCAGAUUAGCGGCGCGUGGGUGUGGAUUGGCGGCGUGUGGGUCACGGUCGCUGGGUGGCUGGCGUUUGUGGCCGUGUGGUUGUACAGCAAGCCCACGGAGAGGAGUGUUAAGAAGACGCAGUAGAUGCGCUAGCAAGUGUGAAGAUUUUUGAAUGGACGGUACAUUUACUCCUGGGAGCGAUGCGUAUGUAUAACAUGGGAGUUACUUUUUAAGCUUUUUGGCAUGGGAAUCGGUGGAAAAGCUAUCGAGUUAUGUAGAAUGCAAGAUGAUCUGCCCCA